AUGCGGGCCCAGCCCGCCAGUCCCGGGAACAGUGGCGGACGCCUGCUGCCCGUCCCGGGACCCGAGGCAGGCCCAGCCUGCCCGUCCCAGAACCAGUGGCGGAUGCCUCCCCAACCGUCCCGGGACCCGGGACGGGCAGGCCAGGCCCGUGGCGGACGCCUGCCCGCCGUUCCAGGGACCCCCCGCGGCGGGUCUGGCCCGCCCGUCCCGGGGCCAGUGGUGGACGCGUGGCCGCCUGUCCCGGGACCCGCGGCGGGCCCAGCCCACCUGUCCUGGAACCAGUGGCGGACGCCUGCCCGCCCGUCCCGGGACCCGCAGCAGGCCCGGCCCGCCCGUCCCAGGACCAGUGGUGGACGCCUGCCCGCCCGUCCCAGGACCAGUGGCGGAUGCCUGCCCGCCCGUCCCGGGAUCCCUGGUGAGUCCGGCCUAACCAUCAUGGGACACGUGGUGGGCACUGCCCGUCUGUCCCAGGACGCAUGGCGGACGCCUGCCCGCCUAUCCUGGGACCCAUGGGGGUGUCCGCCACGUGUCCAAGACGGGCGGGCCGGGCCCACCGGGGGUCCAGGGACGGACAGGAGGUGUCUGCCGCGGGGAUCCCAAGACAGGCAAGUGGUGUCUUCCACAUGA